UCCAAAACGAAGCGAUCUAGCUGCCAAAUUUUUGUCCCAGCUUUGUCAUCGCAGAAAAAUCAAUCGCUAUCGCCCGGAUCUUUCAAAGAAUGCGUGCCAAACUAAAAGUCCAGCUUCACGGACAUCCAAUUCUCGUCUUGUUCAUUGGUGGGUCUGCUCUCCUUCUUUUGACACAUAUAUGAGCUGAUCCAUCAAUCCAUCUAAUCGCAAAUGGGCGCACUGGGAAACCCGGGCAGCAAUGCCGAUAUCACGCAAAGCUUGCUGUGGGAUCACAAAUCCAGCGCGAAUUCCAAUUCCAAUCCCAUUUCCAGCGCUGCCAAGACCCGGAUCGUCAAGGGAUUGAAGCUCACGGCGGGUCUCACGCUCCUUCAAUUCAUCUUCGCAAUGUAUGCUACAUUUCUUCUCUAUUUCAUGAGCCCCAAUGUGGAUGUCAGUCACACGCCAUGGACGUCUAGAAUCGCCAUCGCGCAGCAGUGGAAGCACAUUCUUUGGCCGACAGGUAGCCAUUCACAGGGGAUUUUCAAGAACCCUAAUUCUCCGCUAUCAAAACAGGGCACCUGCCAGAUCGAGGACCUUGCCUUCCCCCAGAAGAAAUCUAACAACACACGCAUGAUCCAGCUCAAGACGGAGCUUUUCCAGGAGAUCACGGCCUUUCAGCAGCGAAAUUCCGGCAGCGAGACGCUCCAGGAGCUGCUGGAUCUUCCAUCAUCGAGCUCCAAUUCCACCAGGAUCACCGUCGUGCUCAAUCACUUCAAGCGAAGAACACUCUGCGCCCAGCUGGACGCUCUCCUCGAUCAAUCCCUGCCCCCUCAAUCCAUCUGGGUGCUCGCAUUCGCCAGCCCCAAUCACGACGCCCUCAGCCGGAUCGUCGACGCCUACAACGAUUCGCGCAUCCAAUUCAUCUCCUCCACCUUCGAUUUCAAGUACUAUGGCCGAUUCCAGGUCGCGCUCCAGGCCGAUUCGUGCGAUUUCGUCUACUUCCUCGACGACGACAUGAUCCCGGGCAGGAGAAUGCUGGAAAUCCUCUCGCACGUCGCGGGGACUGAGAAGUACCGCAACUCAGUUCUUGGAAGCAUUGGCCGGAUCCUCCCAUUCCGCCAGAAGGAUUUCUCCUUCCCAAGCUAUCGCAAAUUCGGAUCAAAGGAAGCUGGGAUCUAUCUCCCGGAUCCAGCGUACGGCAUUGUGAUCGAGAGGAUCGUUCAAGUAGAUUUCCUCUCAAGCUCGUGGUUCCUGUCCGCCGAGAAUGUCAAAGCUCUCUUCAUCGAGACGCCAUUCACAUUCGCAACAGGGGAAGAUCUCCAUCUCAGCUAUCAGAUGCAAAAGUAUAGGGACGCCGGCUCAUACGUGCUCCCAGUUGAUCCGACGGACUCGGCGACGUGGGGGGACAAGGAACACCGUCUGGCAUACGUAUCCGAGACGACUGUCAUACACAAGGAUAUCGUCGAAAUACGGGACGAUCAAUGGUGGCGGGCGCUCUCUCGUGGCUACGUGACGCAAUGGGCGAGGAUGAAUCCACAGCAGAGUGACGUCAUCUUUUACGCGCACAAGCUGGACCAGGUCGCUGACUUGGCACCACUCAUCGCGCGGUUUCGUGCCACGCUAGGGAAGAAGGCCUACGUGGCGGUCGCCGGUGGCGUGCACUGCCCGUGCGAGGAGGCCGCGUCACUGCUGGGCUUGCCCGCGCAAGCAUGCCAUGAACGCCGGUUUAAGAUCUUUGACCUGGAAAUGGGCAGCAUCGCCGCCACGUGGAAAGCGGACGAGGGGGACCGUGGAUUCUCGGGGCAGUUCCAGGAGAUUUACGGCGCGAUGAGAGGCCUGGUGAGGAUACAUUCCCCGGCAAUAAUCGUGACCGUCGCUGAUUUGGAGCGUGGUGUGAGGGACGCCGUUGAUCUUGCAGCGAAACGGGGCAAUGCAACACUCGUGGAGCUGCCCAGACCGUCGAUCCAGCAUGCGUUGUGGAUGGCCGAUCUAAAACCCAUUUCUCUCCAGCAAUGGAACAAGAUGACCAUCGUGGUAAAUAUCAUCACCCAGAACCGUGUUGGAUCGCUCAAUCGAUUGCUCCAAUCCCUCGCGUCGGCCCACUACUUGGGAGAUAAAAUCCACAUCACAUUCAACAUGGAUAGCAAAGUGGAUGCUCCAACGCUAGAGCUCGUCCAUGCAUUCCAAUGGCCACACGGGAGAAAAAUCGUACGCCGUCGGAUCAUCCCAGGUGGCCUCAUCAGAGCCGUGAGUGAGAGCUGGUAUCCCGCCCACGACCACGAAUACGGCCUCUUGCUCGAGGACGACAUCGAGGUCUCUCCGUUCUACUACAUGUGGCUCAAGUACGCACUACUUACGUACGUAUAUUCUACGACCGGGCCUACGGUUCCAAUACCAGAGCUGGGUUCCAUUGCUCUCUACACGCCAAGGCUGGUGGAAGUGGUCAAGGAGAGGCCAAAAUGGAACGCUACGGACUACUUCAAGGCACUCCACCCGAAUACGCCGUAUCUACACCAGCUCCCGUGUUCCUGGGGCGCGCUCUUCUUCCCAAAACACUGGAGGGAGUUCUACAAGUACAUGGGCAGCCGCUAUACGGAAGAUGCCAAGGCGAAUCCCGUACAGAUUCCAAGAUCCCGGACCAACGGCUGGCAAGCGUCAUGGAAGAAGUUCCUCAUUGAUCUCAUGUACCUCCGUGGCUACGUGAGCUUGUACCCAAACUUCCCCAACCAGACGAGCUUCUCGACCAAUCACAUGGAGCCAGGUGCCCACAUUGCGGCCGUUGAUAACUCGCUAAGCCACAAGAGGGAGGACUUCACUGUGCCGUUGAUGGAGGAGGACUUUUGGAAGAUUCUUCCGGCACAGAGGAUGCCACCACCUUCAAAGCUGCCGGUGAUCAACCUCUUUAACCAGGCAGUGAGCAUCAAGGGACUCAAGGCGGCUGGAGCAAAGCUGGGGCAGGAUGUAUUGCCUUGCAAUGCGACCCAGAUUGUUUUGGUGGAUCACAUAACUGGCGAUCCUACUAAUUGUGCUAGAUUUUAAGAGCUAUUUGUUUAUUCGCU